CCUAUAAAUAGUCCUUCCUAAGCUUACUGAAUGUAUCAAAAACAAACUUAAUUUUUCUCCUUACAUGUUCAGGUUUCUUCUUCCUCUUAUUCUUUCAGAAAUUAUGUCUGGCUGUGGUUGUGGAUCAGGCUGUUCAUGCGGUACUAGCCGUGAAGGGUGCAACAUUUACCCAGACUUUGAUGAGAACUCUGGCACUCAAAGCUUUAUGGUUGGUGUUGCUCCUUAUACAACGUUUGGAUCAGGGAUGGCAGUAGAAGGAGAUGGUGAUGAUAAGGGCAACAGUGCUCAUGUUAAAAUUCUGGCUAUUUAGACCCUUCACGGAUGCGCAGAUAGACACUGAAGUAAUUAUCCAUCGUUGCUGUCUAAGCUAGUAAUUUCUUAAUAUGGUUGUAAAAAUAAAGUUGGAUGUGUGUGCAGUGUGGUUGUUGUAAUGAUGCCUUUCAUGCUGUUGUUUAAUUUUCUUUUUCUGUGGAAACAAGAAAAGAAAAUUUGUGAUGGUUGUACUAUGUUUGGCUUUGGGUUUAUUAGUCUGUCUUAUUGAUGAAAUAUCAAGGCCUUUAUCCUUUUGUUAA